AUGGCGGUCCGAUCGAGGUCGUCCCUGCGCUUCUCAGUGCGACGGGAUGACAAUGUCGCUGGUCAUGAUGACGAGGAUCAGGAUAACCACGACGACACUCUGCCAUCUUCUCCUCCCCCUGCAAAGAGGCCUCGGCUUCAGCAGCAACAGCAGCAGCAACAGCAACACCGUCGUCAGCCACCUUCGUCCCGCCGUCGUAAGAGCUCUCCCGACUUACUUGAUACUACUAUCGAAAACUCCAGUCAUCAUGUUCCCCCGUCAUCCAAAACUCCUCAGAUCGUGCGACACGCUACUCACUCUCCUCUCCCUCCGCCGCCGCCGCCGCACUCAUCUACGCGCCGACCACUUCCUCUCUCCGCUGUCGGCGACGGCGCAUCCUCCUCAUCCUCCUCCUCGUCGUCCAACUCCGCCCAUGUUUCGCUUCCUGGCGCCCCGCACACUACGGGACAACCCAAUGACCGCCAUCGCACUCCGUUUUCAGCUUCUGCCGCGCUGUAUAUGCGUGGUGGUGGUCGCGAAUCGCCAGAUCCCUUAGAUAUCAUCUCUCCUGGCCCUAUCAAGACCAAUGCGCCGCCUCGCAAGACACCUACUACGUCCACUCCAACCUCUACCACCCGUUCUACACGCCAUUCUCGCCCGCAGCAAUCUGUCGCAUCAGACGCGGAUGCGCAGAAGCCUCCUGGACAGACGAGCAGUCGGCGAAAACCCAACUCAAGCAAUCCUCAGACAGAAACGCAAUCGCGGCAAAAGCAGGAACCCUCCGAUCACAGUCCAGCCGCACCGGAACAGCGCCGGUCGCUUCGUUCCAAGGACAGCAAUUCGCGGUUGCGGAGCGAACUGGCAUCGUAUUUCUGGAACUAUGAACAGAUUCUGAGUUUGGAACCUCCGAAGACCGCGGAACUACUGACCGAGAAUACCACGGUCAAGUUGAUUGAUGACCUGACCGAGCCUCUUACCACCAUACAAUCCUCUGCUUCCGACUCCGAGUCCCCAUUUGGAAACCCUCUGUUGCAGCUCCAUGACUGCGAAAAGGUAUGUUUGCCGGAGCCGGAGCCGGAGCCGAGCUCAGCCGCCGCGUCCGGAAAUGUCACUGAGGAAGACCCUCUCAAUGAAGAAUACUAUUUCCGCGCCCACCGGAGAAUGGAGCGGCAGGAGAAGCAGCUCCGAAACAUUGAGCGCGAACGCGCCCAGCAUGAGAAGAUGCAGCUGGAGCGUCUAUUAGACGAGCUCAAAGGUCAGGACUGGCUCCGUGUGAUGGGUAUCACUGGUGUCCACGAGCACGAGAAAAAACUCUACGAACCCAAACGCGACUAUUUCAUGAAAGAGAUCUCAACCCUAAUCGGAAAAUUCCAGAUCUGGAAAGAAGAGGAGAAACGCCGGAAGCUCGAGAAGGACAAGUCCUCGCUCCGUGCCGAGAUAUCGCCAUCCAACGUCCCCACAAACAAAGACCGCACCACCACCUCCCGGAAGCGGAAACUCAGCGAUCGAACCCCAGAUAUCACAUCCGAGAAACCAACCACCAACGGCACAGCCUCCUCCGACGCCCCAAGCGACGGCGAAACCCCGGACCCAAGCGACGUGGACGCCUGGGCAGCGCACCAACUCCAGCAGGAAGCCCGGUCCGCGACGGCCGGCAAACGGACCAAACCAUCGACAGAGUCCCCACGACGCCGCAAAUCAUCCGGCAACAACAACAAGUCCUCCACCGCACCGCACGCUCCCGCUCCCGCUCUCGCAAAACCAGCAACCCCUGCCCCUCCCGAUAAACCCUUCGCCUCAUUCUACGCAAAGCCACAUCUGCGCGAGGCCGCGCUCUCGCCGCAUCGCAAGGGCCGCGUCCGCUUGGCCUUCGGCCACCCCAUCCCCAAGAUGGAGGUGCGCGACUUCCAGCCGCCCGCGGAUAUCCUGACGCCUGAGGCGAUCGAUUCUUGCCGCAGGAAGCGGAGACGGAUGAGAAGGGAGAGUCGCGGGUGA